CUUAGAAACAACGUGAACCGCUAAAAUGUGCUGACAAGGCUGCCGUCUAGCGGAACGUAUUGUAAACAGCAGAAAUGACGCGCAUGCGCGUGAAAUGUAAUGUCAUGUCAGUGUCAAGACUGAGGAAAAAAGUAAACAACAAACACCAUUUUUUUUUGUAUUUAAAAUCCAUAUCCUGAUACCAAUAUUUCAUUCUUUCUUUUCAUUGCCUGCUACGCAUGUUGUGUACGCUCUGAUAGUUUAAAUUUUGCCGAGUUAUUCUCCGAUUUAUAUUCCCACAAUGUCGAGAUUUUGUUGUGUUCCCAAAUGCAUGAUGAAGAUUUGAGGGUUCUGGCUCCAACAAAGUGUUAUGGGAGUGAAAAAGGGAAAGAUAUUUUGAAAGCAACAGAAAGAACAGUUUCUCAAUCUAUUUUAGAAGAAUGUCAACCUUCAAGACAGGAAGAUUCUGAAGAAAUACAGUGGAAAUAUAUUCCAGAAGAAUCUCAACCUUGCUCAGUUCCGGCAACUCACAUAUCUAAGAAGAAAGGAGGGCCGAUUGAGGAGCAGAAACAUAGCUUUGAGGGAGAAAGUAAUGAUGUUGAAGAAAACAAACACCUUGGGUUGCCUCAACAAGGUGAACAGAACAACAUUCAAUUUUUUUAUGUCUCAACAAAUGAACCAAAAACAAAAGAAGAGGGGUCGUUGAUACUUUCUUGAUGACAAAAAAAGGAGAUAGGUAUUAUCCUUUCAUGAUUCUAUUUAUCUCCUCAUAUUUAUUUCAUAUUUUAUAUAUAUUAGCAAUAUUG